AUGUCUUCCUCCUCAUCAAGCCACGAGGAUGAGCGACGUGUUGAAGAAUUUUCCAAUCUUGUACAACAAUUUAACCAAAUUGUUCAAGAUAUUGGUGAUCCAGAAGAACAACCUCGUCGUCGGCGACGAAGCGCGCGGAAGAAGGCUUUCAUUCGUCGGGACCGUGAAGCCGGCGCUGUACGUUUGCGUCGUGCGUUGUUUUUGCGCAUCGUUAAUGCCGUCGCCUCCGAUCCAUACUUCCAACAACGCACGGAUGCACUUGGGAGGCCCGGUUUCACGCCAUUGCAAAAAUGCACUGUCGUUGUUCGUAUGCUAGCUAACGGUGGGGCAGCGGACCAAUACGACGAGUAUCUCCGGAUUGCAGAGUCCACAACGUUGGAGUGCUUGCGGAGAUUCAGUCGUGCCAUUAUUCAACUCUUCGGCGCGGAGUACUUGAGGAGGCCGACUUCCGCUGACUGCCAACGGCUUCUAGCAAUGCACGAAGCGAAGCACGGCUUCCCGGGAAUGCUAGGGGAGCCUUGA